AUGAGAAUCAGAGUCCGUGGGCCUUUGGGUCAGUCGACUGUUACCCUGGACGACUCCGCAACCAUCAAAGAUCUCCAAAUCCAAAUUGCGGAGAAGACUGGCCUUGCUACCUUUAACGUCAAAUAUGGAUACCCCCUCAAACCACUCAAGCUUGACAGCUUCCAACCAGAUCAAGGGAUCCUAGAAGCUGGGAUAAAUUUGAAUGGAGAGUCACUCAUCAUCGCACAGAAAGAGGGUGCCACCCGGGGCGUGAGCGACGAUGCACCAACAACCCGAACAGCGCCGUCGCAACCAUUACAACCAUCAAUGUCGCAAACGCCACAAGAAAACAACGCCAAAGACCCGCCAGAAAUCGCGUCCCCAGAACAUGCUGGGACGUUUGUUCUCCGGGUAAUGCCCGACGACAACUCGUGCCUCUUCCGAGCAGUGGGCGCUGCAGUCAUGGACAAUAUGGAUACGAUGGUUGAGCUACGAUCAAUCAUCGCAGGAGCUAUUCAAUCGAAUCCAACAGAAUAUACAGCAGCAAUUUUGGGCAAAAACCCCGACGAAUACUGUACCUGGAUCCAGAACGAGGACUCGUGGGGUGGCGCCAUCGAACUCAAGAUUCUCAGUGAAUACUUCAAUAUCGAGAUAUGCUCCAUCGAUGUACAAACUCUGAAUAUGUUCCAGUUUAAUGAGGGAGCACCGACACGGUGUAUUGUGGUGUACUCAGGGAUUCACUACGAUGUCCUCGCGCUAUCCCCCUCUCGCCCGCCCUAUACUCGUGCCAACCCACUGGCGCACAACGAUGUAAAGAUCUUUGAGGCGUUUGAUCCGGUUGUUUUGCAAAAGGCUAAAGAAUUGUGCCGGGUGCUACAAGACAAGCACUAUUACACGGACACUUCUGGGUUUACUGUUCUCUGCAACGUCUGCGGAGGCACAUUCACUGGAGAGAGAGGUGCUGCGAAGCAUGCUGCGGAGACCGGGCAUUACGAUUUUGGAGAGGCGAGCUAG